AAGUUUGAGGAAUGUUUCAGAGUACAUGAGGAAAACAUGAGCAUAUACAAUAUCUUGCUCCUAGUUGUAGCACGCUCCAUGCUGUGUUCUGCAGAAGGGAAUUUAUGUGACCUUCCCAAUGUAGAGAAUGGAAAAAUUGCUCAGUACUUGUACAUAUUCAAAAAAAUUUAUUUUCCAAUGGAAGUAAACAAGAAAUUAUCUGUAUCUUGUUCAGCUGGAUACACAUUUAAGUCUGGUAGGCAAGAAGGCGAGAUCACAUGUACAUCAGAAGGAUGGGAACCUCCUACAAUAUGUUUCAAAAAAUGUAUAAAACCAUCUUUGGUAAAUGGAUUUCUGCUUAAUGCAAAGGAGUCAUACAAAACAUUGGAGAUGACUCAGUACAGCUGCCUUGAAGGUUACACUACCACAACUGGGGAUACAAUUGAGCAGAUUCAGUGUUCAUCUGGAGAGUGGUCUCCUCCACCAGGAUGCCAUAACAGAUCUGACAGAUGUGAAGUUCCUCCACUUGAUAAUGGAUAUUACAUGAUAACGAAAACCCAUUUCCGUAUUAAGGAGAAUGUACAAUACCAAUGUAAUGAGGGUUAUUAUACUGCCAGAGGAAGCACUGCUGAAUGGGUCGAAUGCCUCCAUAGGGGCUGGUCUUCUCUCCCAGGCUGCACAAAAUCCACAUGUGGAAAGUUGGAACCUGUGGAAAAUGGUGGAUUCUAUCCAAUUAAAGCAUCAUACAUGGACAUGGAUGUAGUGCAGUUUUUCUGCAAAGAAAAUUACUCUCUCAAAGGCUCCGAAUUAAUUCAGUGCUAUUCAUUUGGAUGGGACCCUGAGCAACCCACCUGUGAAGAAAGAAGAAAUAAGUGCCCUCCGCCACCCAGAGUGGCCCACAGUAUCCUGCUAAUGAAUGCGUCCCAACAUCGCAUUGGAGACACAGUACAUUAUGAAUGUGAUGACAACUACAAGUUGAUUGGCUCCGAACAAAUUCACUGCGAAAAUGGUCACUGGACAACUCCCCCCAGUUGUGUAGAACUAAAAGAAAAGAUAAAAUGUGAUAACCCCCCACAAGUGGAUAAUGGAGAAACAGUUAUGACUCUGGAGGUUUAUCAAAGUGGUGACACUGUUCAUUACAGGUGUGCUGAAGGAUAUGAAAUACAGGGAUCAAAUAAAAUCAUCUGCAAAAAGGGUAAAUGGACAGAGACUCCUAAAUGCAGUGCUCUUUCGGUUAGCGUUGAGCACUGUGGAACACCACCAGUAAUAAGUCAUGCUGAGCUUAUUGAUGCCCCAUUGCCCAGAUAUAUUAGUGGCUCCUCCGUGAACUACAGAUGUCACAGUUACCAUUUAAUGGAGGGAUCACAAACUGUACACUGUAUCCGUGGGAUGUGGUCUGAUCAGCCUAAAUGUUUACAACCUUGCACUCUGAUUACAGCCCAGAUGAAAGAAAAUAAUCUGGAGCACAGUUAUGACACAAACUCAACAUUUUUACAUGGUGAUAUGAUGGAAUUUAAAUGCAUGGAUGGGUUUGACAUGUUGGCAGACUCUGAAUUGAAAGGACUGUGUCAAAAUGGCCAAAUUCUAUAUCCUACCUGCAGAAAGAAAGAUACGGUGAAGAUUUGUGGAAAUCCUCCUGUUGUAAAGCACAGUGUACUCACUGACUCCCAGCAAACCUAUGUGCCUGGCUCCUUUGUUGUUUACCAGUGUCCAGAACAUCACUACCUGAAUGGCCACAGUACAAUACACUGUGUGAAUGGACAAUGGGAAUCUCCACCAACAUGUAUAGAACCCUGCGUUUUAUCCAAAGAAGAGAUGGACAGAAGCCAAGUGCGCCUGAAAUGGAGUUUAGACAGUGAAUACUUUUUACAUGGAGAGUUUCUUGAUUUCCUAUGUAAGCCAGGAUAUGAGAAUCGUGAGUUUACUGCAAAGUUUUCUCUUAGGAGUCAGUGUAGAAAUGGGCAGCUUAGCUAUCCAAAAUGCAUGCAAAGGAACAGAUAAAUGUACAUCCCCUAUACAUGCAUGUUUGGAAAAUGCAAUAGCUGUAAUGUACUGUUAAUCAAGAUAGUUAUCAUUGGUUUGUAACUUUAGCCCCAAAUUAAUUCUGACAGAACAUUAUCCACAGUAUUUACAAUGCACAUGCAUAUAAAACAGUAAAACAUUGAAUAUCGAUGUGAAACUGAAAAACCUUUAUGAUCAACAUUUAUGCUUUGGUUAUCUCUAGUUAAUAAGGUUAUCUUUACAUAAGCCUACUGGUUCAAUAAGAAAGUUUUUCCUAUUGCAUCAUUGUUUUACUACAGUAAUAGAAUAUAAAUCAAAUUUUUUAAGUCCCAAAACCCCACCAAAUGGACCACAUGACAAGAACAAUACUCUGUAAUUUAAGCUCAUAGGCAAUGCAAAUAUAUGUAAAGUUUAUAUAUACAUCAUA